GGGUUAGAGAUCAGAAAGAAAGGCAGGAAAAGUGAACGACAGUAACGACGACAACCGUGUUGUCUGUAGGAACAGUUGCAGAGAUGGAGUGGGAGAUGAGGCCAGGCGGCAUGUUGGUGCAGAGACGUGCCGCCACCGAGGAUAACGGCGCCAUCUACAAGAACGUGGUGAUGAUGAUGACGAUCACUGUGACGCACUCUUCUUCUCACCACGACCUCUUCUUACCGAUGAACUCCACUUUCUGGGAUGUUAAGAAACUGCUUGCAAACAAAACUGGUUUACAGCCUGAAGAGCAGCAACUCUUCUUCCGAGGAGAAGAAAAGUACAAUGAAGAGACUUUGUACGUAGAAGGUGUGCUGGACAAAUCAAAGCUUUUGCUUUUGGACAAUACUGCUAGUGAAGAGUGGAAAAUUGAGGAAAUUAGAAAACAUAAUGACAUGUUAAAGGCUAUUGAAGCUGUUGCUGAAGUCAGAGCAGAGGUGGACGAGCUUGCUGAGAGGGUAUUUGUAUUGAAAGUAGCUACAGAUGGAGGGACCAGGGUUUCUGACAAAGAGUUUUCGACGUGCACGGAGUUGCUUAUGAGGCAAUUGCUGAAGCUGGAUGGUAUUCAGGCUGAAGGUGAAGCAAAGCUGCAGAGAAAAGCUGAGGUGCGUCGUGUGCAGAACUUUGUCGAUACUUUAGAUGCUCUGAAGGAAAGAAACUCCAAGCCGGUACCCACCACUGUUAAAACUGUCUCUGUGGGAACCCAGUGGGAGCACUUUGACUCUGGAAUGGGGAGCUUGAAUGCCCCAACAUCAUCUGCAAAUUUCACUCAAGAUUGGGAGCGGCAUGAUUAGGUCGGAAAACUGUAAAGCAUUUAUAACAACAUACUUUUGAACCUUGAUUCUUCAACCAAAGUUGAAUGUCUUGUAGUUUCCUGAAGUCAAAAUAUCUAUAAAUCUUUAAGGGCCAUACUUGAAAGUUAGAAUUUGGAAAAGAAUGGAAAAUCGAGGA